AGCAGAUGAUACUCAUGCUUCUGCUAAUAUUAAAAGUAUGGCAUCCAGCACGACUGCGAGUACUCUUCAACAUAGUUCAUUUUCUAGUUCGACGUACCACGUACCUGAUUUUGAGCUUGCUCUCAGGCAACAAGCUGACGAAGGAGAACCACGCUUACGACUAGCCGACGAAACGCUAGAGGCAGUGCUGGCGUCAAGCAGGCGCUUGUGGGAUGAUUUGCUGCGUUGUGGGGACCUGUGGACUGUGACAAAGCGGCUCUUUGAGCGCGUGCCGUCUGUGAAAGUGGAGUCAGCUGUUUUGCGUCUAUUGAAAAUUUUGCAUAUCCCUGUGGACCCUGCUGUACUUUCGUCAACCGAGGCAGGGCCCGCCUCUGUUCCCCUCGCAGGAAAGGACCAGCUUCACCAUAUAAGGAUGAGAUCUCCGACAAGAAGUGGGUCCAGUGUUGAGCGGACAACAGUCAAAGUACACCCGGAAAAUUAUAGUUCCAAAGAGCAACUGCUCGUCAGCGUCAGGGGCACUAGCGAGGAUGGCGAAGACUCACCCGAGCACAACUGGCCACCGCUAAUGAGCGAUGACAGAAGUAAAUUUCCUUUUUACCGAACACAAGAGGAGCAUCUGUGUCAUGAUCCGGAAAAAGGUAGCGGAGCGCGCUUCUUAGCGAUCUUUCUCCGCGCGUUGCAAAGCCUGUUUUGCGACAAUUUUGUGCGACCCACGCUGCUCCUUCAAGGCGACAUAUUUCCGCACGUUGUACCCGAAUUGAUGCUUUCUUCUGGAAAAAUCGAGCUACAGACUGGCCAACUCUUUGUUGAGCGCGUUGUCAUCGACGGGGUUUCGACAUGGGUCUGCUCUCUACUGUAUGCGAUGGAAACUUUUUUCAAUUGCAAAUACUGACUCUUGUGAGUCUUGUGAUUUUCGUUUAUUUUUAGUAAACAUUCUUGCUUUUAAUAGAAAUGCAGCUAGUACACUUGAGCAUGAGCUAUCAGAGAACAGACGAGCAUGCACAAACAAUAGCCCUCUUCAUGAUACGCAGCCUCAUCGUGGACGGAGCCUGACUAUUCGAACGCUUCGUAGUUUGCCGAUCUGGCGUCAGGGCAGCGUCGUUUUGGAAUUGCAAGGCGAACUGUGCGCCACAGCGAGUACUAACUGCACCGGAGGUAGCACAUCAGCUGCUGUAUCAAGGACAGCAGGUAGUCCGACAGCGAGGUCCACGCAGAAAGUGACACGAUCGUUUGCCUCAGUUGCAAUUGGUCAAAGUCCGUCCACAACGCAUUUGCGGUCGCCCAUGAAGUCGUUGUCACCUAGUACUUCGUCACCGAAGGGUCAUCAUGAGAAUGAUUUUCCCGACCAGAAUAUUAGGACAACUCGUGGUGGUGGAGGUCGUGGAUCAUCUCUUGAACCUCCUGGGGGACCUGGGGAGCAAAAGGAGCGCGAUCUUCAUGCUUUUUCAAGACGCAAUCUUCAGCAUCGCUGGUUCCUCCAUCUAGAAGUAGAUUAUGAAUGCGUCGACAAUGCGCUUCAUGACCGUGAACAACAAGAAGGAGAUUCGGGAUACCAAGGAACAAGCUCGAUGCGCAGUCCUUCAUCUGUUGUGCACAAGAACCCUUCUAUUCUUAAUAGUGGUCUAACGUCGCGCGGCACCGACCCAAUCAUCGAUCGGCUCGUGAAUGAGGUCCAAAAGUGGAUGGGGUUGACGAACAAAGGUCAUCCUGGCACAUCAAAUCCUGAGCCUUCUCCACGUUCAUCUCCCAGUGCAAAUAAUGCACUGCCACGACAAAGCUCCUACAACGCGACAUCGAAAACGCUGUCUUUUAGUAGUGCAAGUAGUCCAGCACGGUUGAAAAGUCAGAUGAACCAGCUUCACGGUAGCGUGCUUCUUGCAGUUUCACCAGCAAUGCCCUCAACAUCUGGUGUAGAAGCAACGAGUACAUUGACGAGGUCCCCGAAACACGACGAGGCCGCUGCUCGCACGAGAGCAAAGGUAAGUCGUGCGGUACGCCUCGACACUGUGCGGCGAGCCUUCGUCAUAGGAGAAACGCACCUUUCCCCAGUUCGGUUUGUGGGAAGUUGCGCAAUUGACGUGUUUCACUUGCUGAUGCAGCACAACGCUCGCUGUCGGACGCUCACUGCCUCGCACGACGCACUGUGCUUCGCACGCAGCCUACGCACGUUGGGAAAUCAGUUUGUGGAAGGAGGUACUCCCUAUGUAUUCAUUGUAAAAGCAUGACGGAAGGAUGUACUCACUUUCUAUUGCAUGUUGUAGUUUAAGCCUCUACAACUACAACAUCAUGAGAAAUUAUUGAAGUGGAUACUGCAGUCGACGUUCGUGUUGUCCCAUUGUCCUCGAUGAAAGUGAAAUGAUCAUCGCACAUUCGGGAAGCCCCCAACAGUCGAAGAUCUACUUAACAACUAUCAUCGUGACAGGUGGCGGGUUGAAAGACGCACUUGCGCGUUUCGAGACAGCAUUGAAAAAGGGCCUUGAGGACCUCUUUGCCAAUUGCUACAAUGUCCGUAUUUUAUUGCGGUUCGAGGAUUGUUUGGUUUUGUCGCCUUUCGCGGGGUUCAAUUUUGAGCUUCCCGUGGGUUCGCGCCACCGACACCAUGUUCGAUAUGCGCUCACACGCGGAGUAGUUGGCUACGUUGCGCGAUCCGGACAAACGGUGAACCUAUCGGACGAGUCCGCUCGUCGAGAUUUGCACCGGCGAAACGUAUUUAUGGAUCCAGAGGUGGACGGCGUCUCUCAUCUGCUACCGCGUGAUACCUCGUCUGCUGGUAAGGGCGUUUCUUUGCUUUGUGGCACCUGCAGCCCUCCCUUCGGUCAGGACCGAGAGAUGAUCCAACACUUCCUCCGCACGCUGUUGCGCUACCCACAGACCAAGUUGACGCCUCUUGGUCCCUCAGCACUUAAUAAGACUUCAUUUCUUAGUCCAUCUUCAGGUUCGAAAGAAGCAUCUUGUCCUUGAAAGAGUGCUCCUGAUGUAGACAAGGGAAAACUACACCACCAAGAUGAAGAUGCUGUUGUCAACUUGAUGAAGAUGGAUUUAGGUAAGGUCUAAUUCAGCUAUUUCCAGCCCUUUAUUGCGUCCGUGCUUACCAAACAACGCUGUUCAGCUUGUGGUAGAAGUUAUCGGAAAGCAGCCGUUUUCCCAGCUGGACAAAUGCGCCUUUGACCACGUUUUGGACAGUGCAGCUGUCCUCCUGGACAACAUUCUGCUUCGAGGCGCAUCUGCAGCUGAUGAACCUGCCUAGAAAAAAUACUCAGAUUUAGUACUUGUAUGAGGGUGAAGAAUCCCUGCAUCAAAAUGGUAUUGGUAUGGCGUAGGUAGUUCUAAAGCAUAAAGACUCAGAGGUAUGACGUUCGUAACAAGUCUAAUACAAUGAAUAUUUUAAUAAAUUAAUAAGGAUACUAGGUUGUUGUACUAAUGAAUGAUUUUCUUGGCUUGCUUCCACGGAGAUGGAGAUUAUCGAUAUGGUCGUUUACAGUUGCGUCAAGGUUCGAUGUCAAAAACAAGCAGGUUUUUCCAACAUGUAUGAAGUGAACAGUUCUAGUAGAAUCGUAGUUGAUCAGACCUCGGAGUAGUUGUGCGUUGAUUGCAAGUUUUCGAACAAUUGAAAGUUAUUGGACACUCCUGCUUUUCAGCAGCCUUGUGCUACGAAAGAAAAAGAAAAUGUCUACAAAUCUACGAAAGUUUUGAGUUUCAUUGAUGUGCCAAUCCGAAUUCAGAUAGCAGCGCCAGUAAAGCACUCCUGGUAAAACAAAGUUUUUGCGUCUCCUGCUCUUUUGAGUAUGUAAAGAAAAGAUCGGUGCAGAAAUAUAGAUUUAAAGUGGUCUACUGACGGUGAACAAGAUUCCUCUGGAACAGAACCACAC